AAAACGUCACCGGAACCACUCCACGGUUUGUCCUCGCCGCAUCCUUAUUACUCGGCGCCGCGCGGGGAAAUUAGAGGACAGAACCAUGCGCCACAAACAAGUGCGUGCAGAAUAACACGGAAAGAAGAGGAGGGGGAGGAUGCGCUGGCUGCAUGAGGAGCAGCACGCGUUAUGAAGGAGAACGAGGGAGCAGGACGUACUUCGUCCUGAAGCAUCACCCGCCCCUUAAGCGGAGGAUGCUGCCGCAGCUGCGUCUCUCCCGCCGCCGCGCCGCGCUCCUCUGCAGCAUCCUCGAUUGCAUCGCUCUUUGAAUCUCGCAUCGUGCGUCGCGUGGCAGAGAAUGUGCGUGGACGGGCUUUCCGCGGGAGCCGGUAGGUUAACGUGACGGUUUAACAAAAAAAAAAGCUUUUGCCUGUGCAGCAUCUGCGAGGAUUUUUUUUUUAUCUUCUUCUUUUUACUGCGUGCUCCUCAGUCGCAUCACCGCUGACUUCCACGCGAAGGAGGACCGACACCUGACACAAUAUCCCGCGUGCUGAAUUAUUUAGAUCACCGUAUGCAGGUGUCUUUGUCUUACAUCUGCCCCGCACGAACCCUCCACGGGCGUGAAGUGGCGUGAAACGCGGAUGGACGCCGAUGGCCAGGCGCCCCACAUUUCCUCAGACGGGGGAAGGUGGGUGGGGGGGACGAAACCUAAAAUAACCCCUGUGCCAAAUGGUCUCCGCGCAUCAGCAACCGACUGAGCCCUGAAUCUGUGACACGUAUACGGCUUCUCCGGCGACCCCCCCCCCCCAGAUCAGCCGGAGCACACGGACACCCGACGACUUCUUAAUGGCUUUCGUCUUCAGGCGAUGGAGGGUCUUACUGGUGCUGAACGUGCUCGCGGUCGCCGGGUUCAUGACCUUCUGGGCCAAGUGCAGCACGCGUAGCGUCCAGGCCGUCGGGCCAGAGGCUCCGGUCGCGGGGUCGAGGCCCCGGGCCAACGGGACGGCGCAGGGGCCCGGCGUCAGCCACGAGGUGCUGCUGAAGAGGCUGAGCUCGCUGGAGGACGUGGUGUACAGGCAGCUAAACGGUCUGUCCAAAUCCCUGGGCCUGAUCGAGGGCUUCGGCGGUCGGGGUAAAGGCGGCCUUCCUGCCACUCUGUCGCCGGCCGAGGACAGCGACGCUAAAUACCUGAGGGAGAAGUACGGCUACAACGCCUACCUCAGUGACCGGAUCUCUCUGGAUCGGACCAUACCGGACCACCGGCCCGGAAAAUGCCGAAAGGUCGGCUACCAGAGAGAUCUCCCCCAGAUCUCCCUCAUCUUCAUCUUCGUGAACGAGGCUCUGUCGGUGAUCCUGCGCUCAGUCCACUCGGCUGUCAAUCACACGCCGGCCCACCUGCUCAAAGAAAUAAUCCUGGUGGACGACAACAGCGAUGACGAGCAGCUGAAAGGGCCGCUGGAGGAGUACGUCAACAAGCGCUACCCCGGCCUGGUGAAGAUCGUCAGGAACCAGAAGAGGGAGGGACUCAUCCGAGCCAGGAUCGAGGGCUGGAAGGCGGCCACCGCCGAGGUGACGGGCUUCUUCGACGCCCACGUGGAGUUCACCCCGUCCUGGGCCGAGCCGGUCCUGGCCAGAAUAAAGGACGACCACAAGAGGAUCAUCCUGCCCUCCAUCGACAACAUCAAGCACGACACGUUCGAGGUGGAGCGCUACGAGAACUCGGGCCACGGCUACAACUGGGAGCUGUGGUGCAUGUACAUCAACCCGCCCAAACAGUGGUGGGAUGAGGGGGACAUAUCCGCUCCCAUCAGGACCCCCGCCAUGAUUGGCUGCUCCUUCGUGGCCAACCGCGAUUACUUUGGCGAGCUGGGCCUCCUCGACUCGGGCAUGGACGUCUACGGAGGGGAGAACAUCGAACUGGGCAUCAGGGUGUGGCUGUGUGGAGGCAGCAUGGAGGUGCUGCCUUGCUCCAGGGUGGCUCACAUCGCACGGAUGAAGAAACCCUACCACAGCAACAUAGCCUUCCACACGCGGCGCAACGCUCUACGCGUGGCCGAGGUCUGGAUGGACGAAUACAAGUCCAACGUCUACCUGGCCUGGAACAUCCCCAUGGAGAGCCACGGUAUCGAUUACGGCGACAUCUCUCAGAGGGUCGAGCUGAGGAAGAGUCUGCAGUGUAAGAGCUUUGAGUGGUACCUCGACAACGUUUACCCAGAGAUGAGGAGGUACAACGACACGCUGUACUACGGCGAGAUCCGCAAUUCUAAAGCGAGCCACCUGUGUGUGGAUCAGGGCAUGAAGGAGAACCACACGGCCACCCUGCACCCUUGCCACGGAUGGGGUCCUCAGUUGGGACGUUACACCAAAGACGGUCAGCUGUUCCUGGGCCCUCUGGGCAGCACCGGGGACGACACUCGCUGUGUGGUCGACGAUCAGAUCAGCAGCUUUCCUCAGCUCCUCAACUGUGACAAGGUGACCAACGUGAAGCAGAAGACGUGGCAUUUCUCUCAGAAUGAAUCGUUGAUAAAUCGCGCCACAGGACGCUGCCUGGAGGUGCUACCGGCUAACGUAUACUUCGGCCACCUGCUCGUGCUGCACCCGUGCUCCGGGCAGAGGUGGACCAUCAAGAACACCAUGAAGCAGUAGUCAUUACGCCCAAUUCACUGGGACCAAUGACACGGGAAAGACAUAUUCCCGAGGCUGUCUUCUGACCUUGGCUCGGACAAGGAACAACUGACGGGGGGGAACAUGCUCCUCUUACAUAGAGGUGGUGGUGGUGGUGGGGGGGAUAAGGUUACCAUCUUCAUCCUCCAAAUGUUUCUGCAAUACUUAAUUGUGUAUCAUGUUCAGUCUGUAAGGUGUGUAGAAGAAUAAAGCACCUGGACAUUUUCAGUAAUAUGCACUGAUCAGAAUCCAUGGGUAGUUUGUCAUUAGAGGUUCUCCGCUUUUUAGCUUACGUUCCCUGAAUUUACUUAUGACAGGCAUUCGUUUGAGUUAACCAUUAAUGCUCCACAGCAAAUUUAUGUUUUUCUAUCAGUAACGGCCAAACUUUGUAAAUAGCUAUGAUUUUAGGAUAAUAAGUAUUACUUGGUGUAGCACAGCGUAUUUGUUUGCAACUGCUGUGAAUCAUUAAAAAAAUGACAUUGUCAAAGACUACUGGGCUAACAUCAUGUUGUGGAUGCAUUUGUCUUUUUUUUUUUUUUUCAUAAAGCAUUCGAUAGCACCAAAUGCAGUACAUCUUGUAGCAUGAUUGUAAGAACUGUAUGCACAUGGAGAAAACGUAUAUUUGAGUUGAGCCUCCUAACCCUGCUAACUGUUGGGUACCAUAAAUACUGAAGAUGGCCAAACCUAAUCGCACUUUCCUGGAUACAGAGACCCAACUGCAGACUAGAGGAGGAGAAGUGCACAAGUGUAUCAGUUGUGGAAGUGCUAGAGGCCUUUCAGUCCUGUAUUAUUACUGUAUUGAGAUGUGUAUAUGAUGUCAUGAAUUUAAUUAAUUUCCUCUUCUCAGUUGGAUUUUUUGCCUUCAAGAUUGUCUUCCAAUAAACAACUGGUUUCCUGGUUUUUGCAUGAAUCCCAUUCCUGGGCAUGGAGUUGCUGUUUGGAAUUUUUCUAAAAUUGAGUUCAGUGGAUUUGAUUGAUAAAACUUAUUUUGUGAAUUCUUUUAAAGGUCCAAAAUGAAACCCUUUCUUUUAUGCGAUCGUCCAUCUGUCAGGAUGAACUCUUCUGAGGGUUCUGAGCUCUUCAAAGGCUGAAUAAUGGGUCCAAACGGCUCUCGACUGUUGCUAUAGAAUCACUGAACUGAUCAUUGUCAGAUGGACGUGAUCGGUGAGACAUCAAGGCCAUGCGAGUGGUAGUGUGAGUCUGUGGGGCACAGCUUUGUUUGGGUUAGAGAUCAUUCACUAAAUAUUACAGGAGAAAACGCCUGAGUCACUGAAUGGUAAUAUGGUAACACCAACUGGGCCUUGUGUGUGUGUGGAGGCAUUGAUGAACUCCAUGUACAUGACUGUAUGUGUUUUAGCACAGCACUCUCACCAUCGCAGUCUUGUGGUGUGGUUGCAAAGGAUAAUGCGGUGAGUGACCACUUCCUUCCAGCAGGUACACCUGCACAAUCUGAGGCAUCCAACAACAAAGGUCAUGCCAUGACAUCUGAACUGUAAUAUAGACCUCUCAAACACGACCUUAAACUAUGACCUCAUUUAUUAUCGGAGGAGUUUGACACAUUUGGUCAACAAUUUUUUUUUUUGCGUUUUUGAUUCAGUUUAAACUAAAUUGGGGUGGAACUGUCAUAAGGAUGAACAUAGGUCCAGUGUAAGAUAAAACAUAAAGAACCUCUUUAAAAAAAACACAGUUUUAUUGCACAGAUGUACAGAUUUGUAUAUUUACAAUUUCUUAAUUAUUAUGCCUCUAAUAAAUAGCACAACUAAAAGUAUUUCUCUAGUCUAAAUGUUUAAAUAUUCCACAUGCAAAGUAUGUAUAGUGUGUGCUUGUCAAAUACAUUUGCUAUUUUAUUAGCUAUGUACAUAGACAUAGAAACAUGUGGGAUCCAAUCCCCAUGCUACUGAAGAGGUGCUGUGAAAUAAAACUCUUUACAUGCAACCUGCGGGAGGGACAGUUUGAUUUCAGUAAAACUGUAACCACAGUUGCUGCAACUCAAAGAACAAAUUGACGAUAAAACACUUAUCCAGAUAACCACCACAUGGUUAGCAGUGACGAGCUGUGAAUUCUGACACUACUGCAAGAUGACAGAUUUUUUUUAAAGCACUACAAACUUAGUAUAAGCGUUACAGAUGUUUACAAAAGAACAUUAAAAACAGAGCCAGUGUGAUCUACAUGUUUUUUUCCCACUGAAUUUCUUUUGCCAAAAACAUGUUUUCUUUAGGCUACGAAUAGAAACUAUUCAUCAGUGAAUGAAACCUUUUACAGAUUCAAAAAGUCAUACAUGGAAUCCUCAUAUUCAAGAUCAACAGCUGACAGACGCGGUGAAGAACAUAAUGUCAUAACAUUCCCAUAGUGGAGACGCACAUACACACACACACACACACAAACUGCAGGGUGAAAACAGCAUCCCACUUCACCUUUAGAUGGCACUCUUACACAAACCUUACGGCCCUCCUUCACAUUUCACUGCAAUGGAUGAUGGGUACAGUGCAUAAUAACAAAAUAAAGUAAAAAGACAAGAGUAUUAGAAUACUAUACAACGUUUUUCAUUCUAAAUUGAUCUUGUGUGUCCAUCUAGUAGCCACGUGAAACUGUGUUGUGUGUGGUGGUUCUAUGGCUUUGGCACAGGAGCUUUGACGUGUUUGUACUGUACACCUUGGGCAGACACUUGAGACAGGAGGAUAUUUGCUAAAGACGGACUUGAUCACAUGCACUGGUCGACGUGGGCGUCCACAUGUUGAGGUGAGUCAGUGCAGGAGUUUAGAGCCAACCUCCCCGGAAAUCAAGCCGUGGCUUGAUGCCCUUCAGGGUUGUGAGAAAGUGCUUGAAUCCCGCUUAGUUUUCACAGACCAUUGUCACGGUUCAAAAGCCACGACAGGAACAGAGUCCAAUUGAAAACUAAGUUAACAUGGGUAACAUUUAGUGGGGUAAAUUUACUUGAAAAAGCUUAGGGCGAUUCAACCUUUCACAGAACUAAGUUAUAGUUCAUUAAAUUGUUUAAUUGUAAUGUAAAGACAAAAGGAAAUCCACCCAACACUCUCUCAUGUGAUGUGGGUUAUUCAUUUUCCAACUAACACAAAAGAUAUUUCCAAGAGAUCAAUUAAAGCAUAAAAACAUCAGACCAAAAGAAGCUGCUAGACAUAUUACGUAAAAGGUAAAAGGUACAACUGUGGUUUGAUGAACUUUGAAUGCAAUUUUUCCACGCUUGUUCUCUGAGGAUUGUCAAAACUGUAGCAGAAGUAAACAAGGCCGACUGACAAUAAGCUAAAUUCAAUCAGCUGGCAAUAAAACCUGUGGUGCGCUGACCUCACACUAGAUCUUCCGUUUGACAACCGGGAGAAUGGAUUUCAUUUUGUCUUUUUUUAACAGGACAGGACAACAUUUUGUGUCACCGAAACAGCGUUCAAACUAUGAGAGCCCCGGUGUGUUCUUUUUUUUUAAUGUUCCAAGGCCCGAAAACACAAGCCCGGAGUUUAAAGCCACUUCACCUUGGUUGUGUGCUCCACCGCCUGGUGUGUGGAGCCGAUGGGCCGAUGCCAGCACCUGAUUCAAGCCCACAGACGCUGGUGUUGAAAAUAGAACGUCUGAGAGCUGAAGCAUGGUGGCACCACGGGGUGUGGCCUGAUGGCGUGUACGGAGCCUAGCGCUCGAGUGGUGGCGAGGUCUGUCAUCACGCUUCCAGGAACUAUAAUAAGGGGGCAAUUGUUCCCUUUCAGGGCCCCUGCAGGCUUUAUCAGACCCUUGGUGGGUGACGGAUUCACAGCAAUAUCUCGCCUGCAGGGGAAGGCGGGCAGCUCUGAACUCUGCACUCAAUCACAUUUCUUUUUUUUUUUUGUGUGUGUUAUUCUUUUUUGUUGUUGUAUUGCAUCAGGGAAACACGGUAGAGUUAUUAUGUGUAAUGUCAGCCCUUGAGU